AUGCUACUGCAACCAAGUAACUCUAUGGAAGGUUAUUGCCAAAAUCUGAAGUUGAAUAUUGAUGACACUGAGCCUAAGAGCUACUACUUUUGUGAGAGCUGGUUGAAAUGUAUCAUGAACCCGCCCCUUGUCAGCACUUUCAGGAAUCAAAGACGUGGUUGUGGAAAAUUAUUGAACAGGAUGAUGAGAUCUUUAGAUUUACCAAAUUUAGAAAUUGGCUUUGUGAAUGAAUAUGCUUCUUUUUUAGUUUCUGAUGAUCUUUAUAUAAUGCCUAAUGUUUUUAGAGCGGGUGCAAAUCUGUUUCUUAAGGUUGGAAUUGAAGACAUGGAGAAGGUUGAGGAACUAACUGUGGAUAUCACCAAGGAGGUAGUGGACUUGCUCAAGUUUUCAUUAAUCUCAAGGACCCCUAUAACAGAUUUAAUCUUAAGCAAGAAAAAUUAUCUUGGUAAUUUUAUCCCUAUAAAUCAAAAUCAGUUUGAGAUUGAAAAACUACCAUCUGGUAAGGGUAGGCAAAUGGUUGCGAAAAUACAAAUAAGAAUAUCAAAUGGGAAGAUUCUGUUUGCUUUGGCAGAAGAAGAACUUAAAGUACCACUCUCUGACUUGGAGGAAAGGGUCAUCACAAUUGGUGUGAAGGAGGGUCUUGUGAUAUUGAAAGCUUCAUUGACUUCAAUAUUUGCUUUGUCAGAGGGUCUGAAACACUUCAUAAGACCGAUUCAAGAGGAAUGGUUCAAUCCCCUCCAUCCUGUUUGA